AUGUGCAACCCCACGACGUUAAACUAUCUUAUUUCAAGAAUCGUUCCACCAUUCACGCAAGCGCGUGUGGUGCUCUUUGCCUUACUAGCGUUGGAAAAGUUUGCUCAAACUAGUGAAAAUCAAUUCUUAAUCUCGCGCACGUUGGAGGAAGCUCCCUCCCAUCCGCUAAAGCAACUUGAGGAAUGGCGCCAUUGCACUUCUGAUGCUAUGAAACGCCAAGUCGGUUUUUGCGCAACAUGGGCGCUAGAUAACAUCUUCAUUACACCAAACCGAACGUAUGCAUACGAAAAGACGGAUGUAUCAAAAAUCAAUGCUAUGUUGAAUCACGAAGACGUCAGCGAGUAUCUGAAAAUUGGACCUGAUGGAUUGGAGGCACGCUGUGAUGUGUCAUCCUUUGAAUCUGUUCGUUGCACAUUUGCUGUGCAAGAUGGGGUAUGGUUUUAUGAAGCCACCGUUUUCACCCCUGGAGUUAUGCAGAUAGGAUUUGCUACUAAGAGAAGUCGAUUCUUGAAUCAUGAAGGUUACGGUAUCGGAGAUGACGAAUCAUCCGUAGCAUAUGAUGGUUGUCGUCAACUCCUUUGGCACAAUGCGCAUUCUAGUCGGCACGAGCAUGAGCCCUGGCGUCCAGGUGACGUCAUUGGUUGUCUUUUGAAUUUCCCUAUGGGUACAGUGAUGUUCUAUCUGAAUGGCCGUCCAUUGCAAAGGCCUCAUUACGAAUUUCUAAAAAGUCGCCCAGCAGGUGAUGGAGUGUUUGCAGCAGCGUCUUUUAUGUCAUUCCAGCAGUGUCGGUUCAACUUUGGUGCUGAACCAUUCAAAUAUCCACCGGAUGUGACGUUCAGCACAUUUAAUGACGGUGGAGCGACGUUAACUUUGGAACAGAAAACCAUCCUACCCAGGUAAUU